AUGGUUGAUAUCAUUAUAAAUAAUGAGAACUACAAAAGGAAACUGCUAUUCAUAAAUAUGAAAAAUCAAAAAAAUGGUGACAUAUAUGCAAACGUUUUGGAAGAGAUGAAGAAAAGGGCUGCCGAACGAGAAGAGCCAGUUCCAUUUUCCAUACCUCAACUUCGUACAAAGUUUAAGAAAUUAGUUGGAGAGUGCAAAAAUGCUGCACUUACUAUUAAGACUGGCACAGGGAUUAAGCGAUUUCAAGAUAACAAAGGCUUUGGUGAUUGGUUUAACCCAUUAUUUGCUCUUAUUAAAACAAGAGAUGCAUGCAAACCUGAGCUGGCAAUUGAACCCUCAGCUUUAUCAUCAGAAUCAGUAGGAGUGGAUAGUGAUGAUGAUUCCACAGCAACAUCAAGUACAUCGCAAGAAGGAAGUGGCAGGAAACUUUUUGUACCAGUGAAACGAAGCAGAAAGAAACAAAAGAAAAACCCAAUUGAAGAAGCAACCACAUUACUGAAGGAAGCUAUUGAAAAAGAUCCUGUAAAAGAUCUUCUGGUAUUCACGAGAGAGGAAGCUGAAAAGUCUCGCCAGCAUGAUUUGAUGCUACUGCAAAUGCAAUCUAUGCAGCAUCCUGUCCCACUUCAAAGGUUUGUUCAACCUGCUUCACAAAGUGUACAAAUGAUGGGAAAUCAAGUACCAGCAGUCCAACAUCAGCAACAUGGGCCAUUUAAUGCUGGAAUGUCUUCAACCUUUACUCAAGAUCAAUGUCAGUACAUGUCCCAAGAAAAUAAUCCUCGUUAUCAUAGUUUAUAA